AUGAUCAAUUAUUUCCAGGGCGAAUGGAAAAUCAAGUGGCUGAAUUUGACGAUAUUUGAAAUAUGCUGGAAAACUGGAGACAUCACUUGGCUGGCUUAUGAACAGGUUGCUGAAUUGGAUGUGCUAAAAGAUUAUUUUAGCUUACUCAGGGUCGAGGAUGUCUCAGAACUAUGGGAGGGAAACGGGGAUCAUUUGGCAGAAGAGCCCCAGGUGUUGUUAGGGCACCUAUCUUUCGAGGUCGACAGGUAUAAAACCCGAAUUGACCUUCUUCCACCCUCGUCUUCCCCACUAGCUCCUUCCAUCAUGUUCGACCUCACUAAAUCACCCCACAUCCUCCUCAUCGUAGCUGUAAUGGCACCAUUACUCACUCGUGUCAGCAAUCAACACUUCAUCCUCCCCAAUGUGCUCGCAGAAGGAGAUCUGAUGGUCGUGAUUGACCUCCUCUGCGUGUAUCUCGAAUACGAUGCUCAUCUAAGGGCUGGCACCGCUGCGGAUCGUGCCACGCCUGCCGGGUAUGGAGAGUUCGCCCUGGCGUUUAACACUAUGCAAUCUCUUGCCUCUGGCACCUCACGAUUCACUGAGGAGAGGACCCAUGGUCUGGAAAUCACUGGCCCAUCACCAUCAUUCACCAACUUAGUCAGGGAUAACAUACCUGCAGAGCCUAAUAAUCACCCUGCUCCUCAGCUUCCUGAGGGCGGAUGCUGGAUUAAUCCUUAG